GGAAGUGAUUUUGUUUUGUUGCUGAGGCGAUGACGUGUCUGUUUUGUGGUACGUUACAGUCGAAACCGUAUUUAUUUAAUAUCUUAGUUAACCUAACCUCAAAAAUCAGCUGUAAAACUAUGUUGUUCUACUAGCUAGUACAUGUUGUCCAAGUAAAAACGCUCAUGACAACAACGUAAAACUGUGAAGCUAAUUGUGUCUAGCUAACCUUUGCGAAUUAGCUAGAUCUUGGUCACUGUUGGCUGUACAUACAAAAUGUAUUUUUGUUGUUGUUGUUAAACUAGCUAUAGAUCCACUGUCAUAUGUUUGCAAGCCGUAUGAUAUUCUUCACUAGCCUGCUGAGGAGAGGACUCUGUGUGAAACCAUUCUGGAACCAUCGUUAUCAAAACGCUUCGGCGGUAUUACUGAAUGAGGUUGUAUUCAUGACUGCACUGUCAGACUUGGAGCCUGCUAAAAAGAGACUGCGGGUUGAAGUUGGCCUCCAAUCACCUGUCGGCUCAAGGAGCCCUCUUUCAUUGGCUUUCAAAGCAAGUUCCAAAGAGGCAAGUCUACACGCAAUGGAGGGGCAGCAGCAUGGUGCCAAAGCAACAUCUCUUAGUCAGAAAAACAAUCCCAAGUCCCACCCUGAUAAGUGUCUGGACCUUCCUCAAAGCACCACAAGCCCAGCUUCUGACAUGUCUGAAACCGCUGAACAACAACUGGACGAUGUAGAGAUGGUGAGUCCAGACAGCUCUGAGUCUGGCUGCAGUCACAAUUUCCAGUUUAUGGAGACUGAGACAGAGGCCCAGGCCCACAGUUCAGGCUCUGAGGAACCUGUUGUCUCUAGUAUUAUAGACCUGGAGGAUGAAGAGACAGCGCUCUUAACACCAACUGACAGCCUAAAGGAUCACAAGCCCGUCUCGCAAAUCACCACAGAUCACAAUCCCGUAUCGCAAGUCUCCACAGAUCACAACCCUGUCACAGAUCACAGGCCUGUCUUGCAAGUCACCACAGAUCGCAAGCCGGUCUCGGAAGUCUCCACAGAUCACAAGCCGGUCUCGGAAGUCUCCACAGAUGAUCACAAGCCGGUCUCGGAAGUCUCCACAGAUGAUCACAAGCCGGUCUCGGAAGUCUCCACAGAUCGCAAGCCGGUCUCGGAAGUCUCCACAGAUCGCAAGCCGGUCUCGGAAGUCUCCACAGAUCACAAGCCGGUCUCGGAAGUCUCCACAGAUCACAAGCCGGUCUCGGAAGUCUCCACAGAUCACAAGCCGGUCUCGGAAGUCUCCUCAGAUCACAAGCCGGUCUCGGAAGGCUCCACAGAUCGCAAGCCGGUCUCGGAGGUCUCCACAGAUCGCAAGCCGGUCUCGGAGGUCUCCACAGAUCGCAAGCCGGUCUCGGAGGUCUCCACAGAUCGCAAGCCGGUCUCGGAGGUCUCCACAGAUCGCAAGCCGGUCUCGGAGGUCUCCACAGAUCGCAAGCCGGUCUCGGAAGUCUCCACAGAUCGCAAGCCGGUCUCGGAAGUCUCCACAGAUCCUAAAGGGAACAGUGAUGAGCAAAUGGAGGAGAACGUGAGCCAGAGCAACAGGGGGCUGGACAAGCAGCAGGACACAGAAAGAUCCUCCUCCUCCAAGGGUAAAGGAAAAAUAACAGACUUCUUCGCCCCAUCCACAAGUGCCCAAGCUCCUUCGGAGAAACAACACAGAGAUAGAGACGUCCCACGUGAGAAACAACGUGGAGACAGAGAUGACGUCGCUCCACCGUCGCCACCGUACGAUUCCAAGUGGCUGGGAAGCCCCAUCAGUGAUCUGAGGAGAAUGCCACAGUGUGGUCGAUCACUCCCACCACUGAAGAAUGCUCCUGACCAUCACACUGUCAUGAUCAGGACAGACCUCCUUCAAACAGGCAAAAUUCCUGUUCCCUAUCCCAACAAGUUCAGAGACACCUGGGAUGAGGUCCAUGUGAAAAUGCCCUGUUCAGAGAGCAACCUAUUCCCAAUAGGAAAUCAGGAUGUGCAGGAACGGUGGGAACUCAUCCAGAAAGCUUUAAACAGAGACUUUUGCAGUUCCCAUGAUUUAAAGAAUGCCAUAUUGAAGUACAAUGUUGCUCAUGCCAAGAGAUGGGACUUCACAGCUCUUCAUUUGUUCUGCAACAAGGAUCUGGAGCCUGACGCCGUUCAUCAUCUGUUUGGGUCUCUGCUGCCUGAAAUGGUCCAAUUAGCACUGAGGGUGUCUGAGCUGUGUAGCAAGCCAAUCCCUCUGCUGAAGGAAGGGAUGAACCACUCCAUCACCCUGUCUCAGGUGCAGGUGGCUUCUCUAUUGGCCAACGCCUUCUUCUGUACCUUCCCCCGACGCAACUCCAGGAAGUCAGAAUACUUCAACUACCCUGACAUCAACUUCUACAGGCUGUUUGAGGGCUCUUCCCCAAAGAAGAGGGAGAAACUUAAAACACUUUUGUGCUAUUUUAGAAGUGUAAUUGAGCAAAAACCUACUGGACUUGUAACAUUCACAAGAAAAUGCUUGGAUCGUCCUCCAAAUUGGAAAAACUCUCAGAAUCAGCUCACCAAGCUUCACAUAACAUGUGCAGGAACCAUAGAAGACGACGGGCACGGCAUGCUGCAGGUGGACUUUGCCAACCGGUUUGUGGGCGGAGGAGUCACCGGAUCAGGUCUGGUUCAGGAAGAGAUUCGCUUCCUGAUUAACCCUGAACUCAUCGUCUCUCGCCUCUUCACUGAAGCCCUGCUGCAAAAUGAGUGUCUCAUCAUCACAGGUACUGAGCAGUACAGUACAUACACUGGCUACGCGGAUAGCUACCUAUGGGACGGCAGACAUCAGGACAAGACCCCAAGAGACACCUGGCAGAGGAGGUGCACAGAGAUUGUAGCGAUGGACGCACUGAAGUUCAGGAACUUCCUCGAACAGUUUCACCCUGAGAAAAUGAACAGAGAACUGAAUAAGGCGUACUGUGGCUUUUCCCGCCAGGGGGAGAGCAGUCAGGAUCUCUCUGCGGUUGCUACAGGAAACUGGGGCUGUGGUGUGUUCGGUGGAGAUGCUAGGUUUAAAGCUCUGCUCCAGAUUCUGGCAGCCUCUGAGGCGGGCCGAGACGUGGCCUAUUUCACCUUUGGUGACAGCGCCCUGAUGAAAGACGUCUACGACAUGCACUACUUCCUCACACAGAGACACAUCAGCGUCGGGGCUCUGUACAGUUUGCUGGGUCAGUACUACAGCUCAGUGUGUCAGGGAUGCUUCACACGCCGUCCUGACAUCAGCCUCUACUCCUUCAUCUACCAGGAGGUCAGCUCUGUCUCCCCCUAGACCAGAAACACACACGCAGGUCGUCUCCCCCUAGAAGAUCGUAGACGCCACGUCACACAGGUCGGCUCCUCCUAGAAGACCGUAGACGCCCCCCCCACACACCCCCCUCCUUGGACACCAAACAAGCGCUGUGCCCCGCGAGAGAUUCCAGUGGAAGUUUGUCUUGUCAUUCUGCUACUGGUAGCUGAUACACACAUGGAUAGAGUUUCGAUGUGUUGAGAUUUGUGAUUUGGAAUGGUAAAGCAAAGGCUGUCAUCCAUCUUGUGAGUGUGUCAUGUUUCCUUGGUUUCCCCCCACACACACACACACACACACACACACACACACACACACACACACACAUAAAUCCAGACUAAAUGAAUCAGUUGUCAGAAAUUCAGUUGAUGGAAAGAAUGAAUAGAGACGUUCUUAGAGAGGAUUUAAAAAAAAAAAAAGGUUUUUGAUUUGCUCAUAGGGAAUGAUCUUCAGUCCUUGGCUAGUUACUCUGUUCUGCACUGGAGAGAAGCUGACUAUGUGGGGAUGAUCACUUAAAGUGUGUGCGUGAUCAUUUAUUUUCUAUUCAAAUAUUUCAGAUUAUCAUGGCCUUAGCCGUGGGCCUCCAUUAAGUGGAUAUAUUACCAUGGCCUUGGCCGUGGGCCUCCAUUAAGCAGAUAUAUUACCGUGGGCCUCCAUUAAGGGGAUAUAUUACCAUGGUCCUUAGCCGUGGGCCUCCAUUAAGGGGAUAUAUUACCAUGGCCUUAGCCGUGGGCCUCCAUUAAGGGGAUAUAUUACCGUGGGCCUCCAUUAAGGGGAUAUAUUACCAUGGCCUUAGCCGUGGGCCUCCAUUAAGGGGAUAUAUUACCAUGGCCUUAGCCGUGGGCCUCCAUUAAGGGGAUAUAUUACCAUGGCCUUAGCCGUGGGCCUCCAUUAAGGGAAUAUAUUACCAUGGCCUUAGCCGUGGGCCUCUAUUAAGGGGAUAUAUUACCAUGGUCCUUAGCCGUGGGCCUCCAUUAAGGGGAUAUAUUACCAUGGUCCUUAGCCGUGGGCCUCCAUUAAGGGGAUAUAUUACCAUGGUCCUUAGCCGUGGGCCUCUAUUAAGGGGAUAUAUUACCAUGGUCCUUAGCCGUGGGCCUCCAUUAAGGGGAUAUAUUACCAUGGCCUUAGCCGUGGGCUUAAGUGGAUAUAUUAUUUGUAUUUUUUGUGCCACAUACAGGAAAUAAUGUGAACAAGUGUACUUAAUGACACCCUGUCCAAUAAUAUAAUUAGAUUUUCAACUCUAAGUAGUAGUCUGACUGUAGGAAAAGUGAUUUAUUAAGAUAAUGCUGUAUGCCUCAACAUCUUAAAACAUUGAAAAGUGAGAAAUUGGUUUUGAAUUGUUUUGUGUGAUUAUGGAUUUUUUGGGGGAUAAUUAAUAAAAAAAAAUAUGUAA